AUGACAAAGGGGAAGAGGGAAAGGGGAAGAGGGAAAGGGGAAGAGGAAAAGGGGAAGAGGAAAAGGGGAAGAGGUAAAGGGGAAGAGGUAAAGGGGAAGAGGAAAGGGGGAAGAGGGAAAGGGAAAGAGGGAAAGGGGAAGAGGGAAAGUGGAAGAGGGAAAGGGGAAGAGGGAAAGGGGAAGAGGGAAAGUGGAAGAGGGAAAGGGGAAGAGGGAAAGGGCAAGAGCUUUGAAACUGGUAACGGCAUAUCUCAAGAAGAGCACGGCUUCCUUAAAAACAUCGGCACACCAGAAGAGGCGCAAGUAGUCCAAGGUCGUUCCAGCUACACGUCUCCCGAAGGAAUCAAAAUCGAUCUCAGUUACAUCGCCGAUGAGAACGGAUUCCAACCUGUAGGAGAGCAUCUUCCUACUCCACCACCAAUCCCCGAAGCAAUCCUGAAAGCUUUGGAGUUUCUUUCGAGCUUGCAAAGGAAAGAAGAAGAAAGGAACCAGCUCAAAAGGAGGAGGAGACAAGAUAGAUAUUAAGAAAAGUAAUAAGUGUUGUGAUAUUAAAAGAUUAAGAGACGUUUUUUUGAGGUAGGGGUGCAUUUGUUCAACA